UUUUUUUUUUUGUCUUAAAGUCUGAAACCACUUCAGCAUGAAGACGGGGAUCAAGGUGCAGAGUGACGUCGUCAGCGCUCAGUCCAGGAGAAAAGACGCCUUUUGUUUCACGCCUGCUGUGGUGUGAAUGAGAGUCCCUGCCUCAACCACCACCACCACCCCACCCCCCCGGCCUGCACGCCACCAAAAGACUCAACACACAUGGAAACACACAUUAACUACCAGCCACACACACACACAGUCUGACGAACACAGCAGAGAGAGUUAGUGGGGGUUUGGCUUCCAGUGCAGAAAGCGCUCGCUCUCUCUCUCUCUCUCUGUCUUUCUCUGUGUCUCUCGCCCCGGGGUUUUUUCGGGCUGCCAAGCGCCAUCAGGAUGACAUCAUACCCGACUGACACAAUGGAGCUCUUCAUCCUCUGAGGUUCCUCGCCAGGCUGCGUCACUGCGCUGGACCGCCGGCCCCGGACGCUCAGGAGGAGGACGACGAGGAGGAGGAGGAGGAGGGGGAGGAGGACUACGAGCAGGGGGGGUGGGGGGUGGGGGGUAAAGGGAGGGAAAGUAUUUUGAGAUGUCGGAGCGUCUUGUUGGACCAGAAUCAUGGUCCAAGUCUGGGAUGCUGAGGCUCGGGGCGGUGCGGCCCAUCGAGGCAGAGGCUCUGGUGGCCCUGCUGGAGGGCGGGCUGGACCGGGUGGUGCUGAUUGACAGCCGGCCCUUCGUGGACUACAACGCCUCCCACAUCCUGGAGGCGGUGAACGUGAACUGCUCCAAGCUGAUGAAGAGGAGGCUGCAGCAGGACAAAGUCCAGAUCACAGAGCUGCUGCAGCACUCUGCCAAGAAGAAGUUGGAGCUGCAGGGUGAUCAGGAGGUCGUCGUAUACGAUCAGAGUUCUUCAGACCCGACUGCUCUCAGUUCCGAGUCGUUCCUCAGCGUCCUAUUGGUUAAACUCGAGAGGAGCUUCCCCUCCGUACACCUGCUCUCAGGUGGUUUCUCAGAGUUCUCCCACCUGUUUCCUGGUCUGUGCGAGGGGAAGUCCACUCUGGUUCCCUCCUGUAUCUCUCAGCCCUGCCUGCCGGUCACCAACAUCGGGCCGACCCGCAUCCUGCCUCACCUGUACCUGGGCUGCCAGAGGGACGUCCUCAACAAGGAUCUGAUGCAGCAGAACGACAUCGUCUACGUCCUGAACGCCAGCAACACCUGCCCCAAACCUGACUUCAUCCCAGAGUCUCACUUCCUGAGAGUUCCUGUUAACGACUCCUUCUGUGAGAAGAUCCUGCCCUGGUUGGACAGAUCGGUGGAGUUCAUAGAGAAGGCUAAAGCCUCCAACGCUCGGGUCCUGGUUCACUGUCUGGCUGGAAUCUCCCGCUCAGCCACCAUCGCCAUCGCCUACAUCAUGAAGAGGAUGGACAUGUCGCUGGACGAGGCGUACAGGUUUGUGAAGGAGAAGAGGCCGACCAUCUCUCCCAACUUCAACUUCCUGGGGCAGCUGCUGGACUUUGAGAAGAAGAUCAAAAGUCCUCACGGUGCUGAAACUAAACUGAAGUCCCUCCAUCAUCCGGAGUCCUGCAGUGAUUUCCCCGCUCAGCCCGAGGACCCGGAGCCUCUGGCGUGUCAGGAGGCCCCCGUGGGUCCCGGCCUGGCCCUGCUGGAGCCCCUCACCCUGCCCUGUGUUUUAGCCAACGCCCCAGAGGAGCGUCUGCUUGCUCAGGCUCUGAGCGGCCUGCAGCUCGCCGACGGGCCUGAAGACAACGCCCGGCUGAAGCGCUCCUUCUCUCUGGACAUCAAGUCGUACGGCGAGCCGGGCGGGAGCGCUUCUCACCGAGUGUUCGUCCCUCACGGCGGAUCAGGAGACGCCGCCGAGUUCUACAAACCGUCUGCCUUCAAAGAGCCGACCAGUAAACCGUGCCAGUUCUCCCCGGUGGAGGAGGUUUCAGAGCAGUCCACUCCGGAGCAGAGCCCCGACAAGGAGGAGGCCGACGGGCCGAAGCGAGUCUCGCCGCCAGCCUCCAGCGGCUUCGCCAAACCUCCGCCCGCCGCUCCGAACUGUUCGCACCAGCUGCACCGGAGCGGCAGCAUGGAGGAGAACGCCACCAGCUUCCUGUUUGGCCUCUCCCGCAGCCAGCAGCAUCUGGCCAAACCGGGAUCCGGCGGGGCCCUGAAAGGCUGGCACUCAGACAUCCUGCUGGGCCCCGUCACCGUCUCCACCUCCUCCCUGGCCGCUGGCUGGUACCUCUCCCCUGACUCCACUCGCUUCUACUCAACCUCUGCCAUCUUGAGCGGCGCCGGCGGCAGCUUCGCGGCCUACAGCUGCAGCCAAGGCCUGGAGGCGGUGCGGCGGCGAAGCCGGCAGAGGACGAGCGACCGCGGGGACUCGAGGAGGAGCUGGCACGAAGAGAGCAGCUUCGAGAAGCAGCUGAAGAGACGCAGCUGUCAGAUGGAGUUUGGAGACGGGAUGACAGACAGCAGAUCCAGAGAGGAGAUGGGGAAGGUGGGGAGUCAGUCGAGCUUCUCCGGCAGCAUGGAGAUCAUCGAGGUGUCCUGAAACUGACCCGGGGACAGUUUCACAAGUCUCACAGGAUGAGACGGACCGAAGCGGCUUCAUCUUUACUGACGCUUCAGCGUCGUGGAGAUAACGUGCAACACGCCUCAGCCGCCCCACUGAGCGUCAACAUCACAUCACACAGGAGCUGCGGUUCAGAGAUCAGCUGGAUGUUUUCUAAUCACCUCAUUCGCCCAAAUAUAAACCAGUACAUUUUACACAUACACACAUACAGUGUUGCAUUCUGGGCUGUUUUUAGCCUUGACGUUGCUAGGCUACCAUGUUUGUUCAGCUCUGUUUUUAGCGAGGCUGUUGGAGUGAAUCAGACCUGAAAGUGUUGAGUUAGUUCAGUUUAACCUGCAGGAGUUUCUACACGUUUGUCAACAUGAGACGAGUCUGAAAGUGUUUCCAAAUACCGAGAAGUUAUAAAGUGCAGCUCAUCACCGUCGCACACUGACAGACUAAAGGUCCGAUAAAACACCAGCAGCUGCUGAAAUCAUCUAAAUGUCCUCUGAAAGUAUUUUACUAAAGGAAAAACCCUUAAAACACACGCAGGGUUUAAACAUAAAAAAAAACAAUCUCCUUAACUUUUACAAUACAAUACAACAAUUAAUAACAGACAGGUCCAGGUCGUCAGUUCAACACGUGGGACAAGGAGCAAUUCAUUGAGGAGAACAUGAAGCUUUACGGGUAGGCUACUACUGUUAGCAUGAGGGCUAAUAUGCACGAGUAUUAUUAGAAGUCGCUGUAUCAUAGAGGUUCACAGGCCACACAGACACACUCAUAAAAUCUGAAUUAAUCUAGCUAUCUAAACCGAUACAGGGGUCGGAUCGUUUUUUUUAAGCCAUUACACGGCGGGCCAGAACUUAGUCAAAUGAUAAUUUAAAAGUAGUUAGUGUGUCUGGUUAGCUCAGUCAGUAGUGCCUGUUUCACAUGCUCACAAUAAAGCAUGUGCGUCCCAAGAGAUUUGUUUUAAUUUCCCCAGCCCGUCACGUUUCCUGAUGACCAUUUCAGAGGAUUGUGCCUACAAAACCUUCGUUCUGUCGGCACAGUCACUAAAGAGGAAGCGAUUAAACUGUUGGCGUCCUGACGGAGAUCUAUUUCAGCGCCAGCCGCUAUCAAAGUCUAAGUUUUGGCCCGGGGGGGGGUUAGAUUCCUGCACUGGCCUCAGAUCCAGGCCGCUAGCCGUGUUUUAUCCCCCUCCCCAUAACACAGCCAAUACUACUGCUGCAGCCGUUAAAACACUUAAGUUUUGUUUUUAAAGGCAGACUGGUGAAGAUGAAGCGGCCAGCAGCCGACAGUGUCUGUUUAAACGUUUAUUAAUUAGGCAUUUUUGGCAAAGUGAGGCAGACGGCUGCCAAACGCUCGCACGGGUCCAGAUCAUCAGCAUGCAAAAACCCAAAUCUAAACACGCAGGUUGUCUUACCGAACACCAAGGCUUCACCACGGAACGAGUCCAGUCCCAAACGAAUAACAAGGCAGCCAGAAAAAGCCUCUGUGUGAGUGCCAGCAGACUGUAUUGUUUCAUCAGAGUGAUAAAACGUCUCUUAAUCUUUGUUUUGCCAUCUGUAACUUCACGGAUAUUUAAAACAGGCCCAAUGCAUUUAAGGGGCCCACUGUUGCCUUAAGAGUCUCGUGGCCCGUUUAAAGUUCUUCUUUCUGCAUUAAAGCCUGACAAAGUAAAACGAGUCCAAAGACGAGUGGGUUUCAGUUCUCGCAGGUUUUUCAAUUAAUCAAAUUACUCUGAGAAGUCCCGGCGCUCUCGUUCCCACUGAACACGCUCUGAUUUCUGUCCUGGAUGUCUUGUUGUGUGACUCUUCUGUACGGAUGAUGAAGGAUACUAAGACUAAUAAGUUCACAGCAGACACACUGAAUGAUGAUGAUGAUUUCUCACGGACGCCAUCCUCGGUGAACAUAAAACAACAUUUUAAUAAAAACGAACAUAAUGAAAGCAGCAGAUCUUCACAUUAAACACUGAUUAUUUCCAAUGGGACACUUUGUGAUGGGACAGAGGAUCAGGAACUCUCCGCUCAGACUUAACGUGACGACACGUCACAGGAAGUGCAUCUGAAAGUCAAAAUCCACAAAGGAUCUUUAAAGGACCAUGAGACACGAGAUGUGACGGGGGGGCGAUCCGAAAGAUCGGUCGACUGAGACGUCGGCGAUUUGUGUUGCAGAAAACUCUUCUCUGAAAGUGUUUAUUUUUUUUUUUUUUUUUUUAAGGACGACAAACAUUUUUCCUGACGGACUCUGAGCCUUUGAACGUCUCGUCUGGUUUGUGGAGGAGCUGCUCGUCGUCUGUUCGGAUCCUUCAGACGCGAUGAAACUUUGUCCUGUCGACGUUGAACUCUCACGGAUCCAAAUCCUCGCUUUGCUUUUUCAGAGUUUUGAAGCAGCUCGUUGACACAAACCAUCUCAGGUGUGAUUUGAGCUGAACAGAAACAGGUAAAAGACGCAGCUGUGCAGGGGAUCGUCGCCACGGAGCACAGCAUGUCGUUGUGAUGUGAAUAAAAGAGGCUGGGACUCUUGUUCAGAGCGCUCGGACGUCGGUUUGAUUGAUUGAGACUCGCAGACGUGUUCACGGUUCAUGUUGCACUACUGUGGUGAUGAGAAUUGAUUUCAUUAAAAAUGAGAAUUGAUUUCAUUAAAAAUGUAUAAAAGCAAAGUAAAAGAACAAUAAUGGUUGAGUUUGUUUGUUUUUUGGUACUGUCAAUCCACAGAACUCCAUAAAUCAACUCCUGAAGCUGGGAA